GAGAGAGAUAGUUCGAGGGCGAAGCGGCUAAUUGCCGAGUCCGUCCCUCAUUUCCAUAUCCGGCUGGAGCUCGGCCAAUCCCCCCGCGCGCAGCGCCGUUAAUCGCGAUGCAUUAUUCACUAUCAUAAUUAUAUACCGGACUUUCGCGCGCGAAGCUGCAACCUCGCCUAAUUUUCCGUCAUUUUUUCCCACCUGACUGUUUUGCUGAACGGGUUUUUUUUUUUUUUUUUUUUUUGGUUAUUGUUAUUGCUAUCUCUUUCCCUGCACCGGUCGUCCGCCGCCGAUGCGCGUGCAAAAAGCGGGGCCGGGUGGCAGCGCAUCAUCUUCAUCAUCACCAUCAUCUUCAUCAUGUCCCGACGGAAACAGGCCAAGCCGCAGCAUCUCAAAUCGGACGAGGAGACUUCAGCGCUCGGGCUGGAAUCGGAAAACGUCUCAGGUGAGAUCCUGGAUGAUGCUGACAGCGGUAAUGAGAGUCGUAGUGGUAGUGAGGAGACCCAUGUGUGUGAGAAAUGCUGCGCCGAGUUCUUCAAGUGGUCUGACUUCUGUGAACAUCUGAAGAGCUGCACCAAGAACCCACUUGUGCUUAUUAUUAGUGAGAAUGAGGUCACACCGGACCCGACACGGGAGUACCCAACUGAGCCCUCACCCGUGCCCAGCUGUCCGAGUGAGCCUGCAGACAGCGAGGAGGCAGCCGAGGGCCGGCACACCCCAGCCGAAGUGGAUGAUGGGGCUGAGAUGACUUUGGAGCAAGUAACCACCCUAGACAAAGAUGAUGAGCCCAUGGAUGUGGAAAUGUCUCCUGAGAAAACACUGGACCCUGAAGAUCCAGAUAUAUCACCAGAGCCUGAUGUCAGCCUACCUCAGCUUGGCACAGCCCAACCCUCUGGGACAGGUUACAGCAUGCCCAGCACAAAUGUCACUUUGGAAACGCUGCAUGGAACCCGAGUGGCUGUGGCACAGUUUGCCCAAAGCUUUCGUGGGGCAAUAGCUAGUGGCGUGUCCACCAUGGCCAUCCCGAUGAUCCUAGACCAGCUGAUGGCUUUACAGCAGCAGCAAAUUCACCAGCUUCAGCUGAUAGAACAGAUCCGUAGCCAAGUGGCCCUAAUGAACAGGCAGAACCCUGCACAGGCGGCUCUCAACCAUCAUACACACCACAAUACAAAUGGUGGCUCACAACCAUCAUCUGCCACUGGCCUUCCCACAAUACCCAGUCAGCUCCAGCUACAUGGAUUCAUUACGCCACCUGUCCACCAGCUCCCUAUAAGGGUGCCACCCACUUUAAAUGCCCAAGGCCCAACCUCAUUGUCUUCUACCUUGGAAGGGGGUCACUCCCAUGUCUCACAGACAGGUAGCCAGCUGUCCAGUUCUAUAAUGAACAGCAACACCUCAACAAAUUCCUCAUAUCCACCAUCUAGCUGUAGUGUAGUUCCUUCCUUGUUGCCACUUCAGAAUUCAGUCACUAGCAGCAGCAGCAGCAGCAGCAACAGCAGCAGCAGCGGAGCUGGAACUGGUAUCAGUAGCAGUGUUUCCCUCCCUAGAAACACCUCAAGUCCUCCAACACUGACCCAUGGAAGCCUGCUGAGCUCCCCUUCCAACCUUCCCCUGAUGCCUCCGAGUUCCUCAAGUAGUGUCAUCUUCCCUAACCCACUGGCCAGUAUUGCAGCCACAGCCAAUGCACUUGAUCCUCUCUCUGCCCUGAUGAAGCACCGCAAAGGAAAACCUCCUAAUGUCUCUGUAUUUGACACAAAGCCUAGCUCAGAAGACCCCUUUUUCAAACAUAAAUGUAGGUUUUGUGCUAAGGUGUUUGGAAGUGACAGUGCCCUUCAAAUACACCUUCGUUCACAUACUGGUGAAAGGCCUUUCAAGUGCAACAUUUGUGGUAAUCGCUUCUCUACAAAAGGAAACUUGAAGGUCCACUUCCAGAGGCACAAAGAAAAGUACCCACACAUUCCAAUGAACCCCUAUCCAGUGCCUGAGUACCUGGACAAUGUGCCAACCAGCUCAGGCAUUCCUUAUGGCAUGUCGCUGCCUCCAGAGAAGCCUGUUACCACAUGGCUAGACAGCAAGCCUGUUUUGUCCACAGCCCCAACCUCAGUGGGGCUGCAGCUUCCCCCAACCCUGCCCAGUAUGAUAGGGGGGUAUGGAGAUUCGCCUAGUCUUACUCCCAUCAGCAGGUCACCUCCAAGACCAUCACCACCCUCAAGUGAGUGUGCAUCUCUGUCACCCAAUGUUCUCAGUACUGAAGUAAGCACAACCCUCACUUCGGCAUCUCCACAGCCCACCAUGGGGAGUGAUGCACCCCCAGUUUUGAAGCCAGAGGGGAUUCAUUUGCCAUCCAACUGUACCACCAGACCUGGAGAGACCAGCAUGCCCUUGACUACUGUGAGCCAGAUUGUGCUGUCAUCCACAACCACUACCACAACCACUACCACCACCCAGAUCACAGAUCCAGUGACUCCUCCGACCUCUGGCUCGCAUUCUGCCCUUCCAAUGAUCUCAGAUCAAUUCAAGGCCAAGUUUCCCUUUGGUGGCCUCCUGGACUCUAUGCAAACAUCAGAAACCUCAAAGCUGCAGCAGCUGGUGGAAAACAUUGACAAAAAGAUGACAGACCCCAACCAAUGUGUCAUCUGCCAUCGUGUGCUCAGCUGUCAGAGUGCCCUCAAGAUGCACUACCGUAUCCACACUGGGGAAAGGCCUUUUAAAUGCAAAAUAUGUGGCCGUGCUUUCACUACUAAGGGCAACUUGAAAACGCACUUUGGGGUUCACAGGUCUAAGCCACCUCUAAGAGUGCAGCACUCAUGUCCUAUAUGUCAGAAGAAGUUUACUAAUGCUGUAGUGUUGCAACAGCAUAUCCGCAUGCACAUGGGAGGUCAGAUUCCAAACACACCUCUUCCUGAGGGCUUUCAAGACAUGGACACAGAUUUUAACUUUGAUGAGAAGAGUGUAGACAACAUGAGCAAUUAUGAUGAUGAACUGAUUGAUGAGAUGGAACAGGCCAUAGAGGAUGAAGCAGAUGUCAAAGAUGGAGAUGUGGACCCAUCAAAACCAGCACAUUCAUAUGGAGAGAUGUCUCCUAGCAACUCUCCCCCAACUCCGGUCAUCUCCAGCAUUGCUGCUUUGGAAAACCAAAUGAAGAUGAUUGACUCAACAGCAAAUAUGAACCGCGCCUUUAGCCUCAAGCCCUCUGAGAAUGGAAGUGGGAUUGGUGGAGAAAGUGGAGAUGUGUUUAACAACGACUCAUCCUCUGCCAUGGGAGACUUAGAGAACCACAGUGUGGGGAGUCCAGCCCUGUCUGAGUCAUCAGGCUCUAUGCAGGCUCUUUCGCCUGCUCAUAGUCAGCCUGAGAGCCAUCGUUCCAGGUCUCCAGGUCUGGUCAAUAACAACAGCAGUAAUGCAGCCGAGGAUAUCCAGGACUCCAGUGCAGCUAUAGCGACUGUGAAGUCAGAAAAGUCAGACACACCAUCUCCAGGUUCUGUACCAGCUGAGCACACUGGUGUGCUAGACCUCACAGCUGCUCAGCCUGCCAGGCCUUAUGUUAAAGAGGAGAACCAGUUCAGCAUGCUGUUCUUAGGAAGAGAUCGAGGUCUAACUGCUUCAAGCUUGAUGAGCUCAGCACCAGGCCUCAUCAAACUCGAGAUGAACGGCCACAGCAAACCGCUGUCUUUGAGUGAGGGCUCCCACUUGCAUAUGGGCCUUCAGGUGCCUGCCGCAGCACCUCAGACAACAAUGAGCCCCAGCCUCAACCCAAUGCUGGCACCGCCUCCACCACGCCGGACCCCCAAGCAGCAUAACUGCCAGUCCUGUGGGAAAAACUUCUCCUCAGCCAGCGCCCUGCAGAUCCACGAGCGCACACACACAGGUGAAAAACCCUUCGCCUGCUCCAUCUGUGGGAGAGCAUUCACCACGAAGGGCAAUCUGAAGGUUCACAUGGGAACCCAUAUGUGGAACAAUGCCCCAGCCAGACGGGGGCGGCGUCUCUCAGUGGAAAACCCCAUGGCCCUGCUGGGUGGUGAUGCAAUGAAAUUCAGCGAGAUGUUUCAGAAAGACCUGGCAGUUCGGGCAAUGAAUGUAGACCCAGGGUUUUGGAACCAGUAUGCGGCGGCCAUCACCAAUGGACUGGCCAUGAAGAACAAUGAGAUCUCCGUCAUUCAGAACGGGGGCAUUCCUCCGCUUCCUGUUAGCCUCGGAGGGGGAAGCAUCCCUUCUCUGGCCAGCAUGUCAGGGGGCAUGGAGAGGGCACGCACAGGCAGCAGCCCUCCAAUGACUGGCCUCGAGAAGACAAGCCUGGAGGUGGGAACUGUACGUCCCUUCUCCAGGUUCCUGGAGGACAACAAAGAGAUCGGGAUCAAUUGAUAAGCCGUCAUUCAAUGGGAAGACACAAACAGACUAAGUAAAGACUUCGAAGGUUCCUCCUUACCCAGUUUGGUCUCUUAUGUACUAUAUUAUGUACAGCUGAAGUUUGAUAUUCUGUUGGUUUUGGAUCUAUAGUAUUCGGUAUUGAGUAGAAGUAUUUCCCAUCCUCCUGUUUCGACUAUGAAGAAAAAAAAACGUUCCAUGUUUGAGAAUUUGUCGUCUUGCAAGAUUUGCAUGGUACUUUUAUUGGUUCUUAUCAGUACAUUUGACUGCUUUUAAGGAUUAUGUCACAUAAAAGAAGAAUAUCUUUACUCAGUUGAUCUCUAAAAAGGAAAAAAAAUGAAAUGAAGAGCAAACUCAGUGUGGAUAGACUGACUAAUGUUUACUUGGUUACAGUGUAUGUUUUGAGGUACAAGACACGGGAUUAGGUGAAACCGAAAUACAUUGUCGUAAUGUGUGCUUAUUUUUUUCACUCAUGAAGUAGAUACUUGAUGGAAAAAAAAUGUUUGAACUAUUUUAAUCUUUGCAUUUAGUCUCUUGGCAUUGUCUUAUAUUAAUGUCCGGUGUCUUUAGUAUUUAUAAUAUACACAAAAGCGGGUAUAAGAAAAUAUAUUUAACAGCCCCAACAUUUUAUUGAUCUUUGUUUUCUAAACUUUAGACUUCUAUUAUGGCUGUCUCUUUCAAUAAAGACAAAACGUCUCUUCAUCUGGCCGAUGCGGACACAUUGCGAAGUUUUAUUUGGAAAUCUAGCACAUGUCGGUGUAAUGGACCUGGUACAAGAUGAAAAAGCUAGGAUAUUGAAAAAGCUGCUGCCUUUACAGACUCGCUUUUAACCUUUGUAAAGAUGAGAGACAGAGAUAUACAGAAACUUAUUGUGUAUAAAGUAAAAACAAAAUUGGUAUGCAUAUUUUGUAUCAUGAAAAAAAAGGAUAUCCUGAUUUGAGAUUUGUCAUGUUUGUGAAUGCACUUUUUAGAGGAACGGUCUUGUCUGUGACUUAUCAUUAAUGAUCUGACUGAACUAUCUAUCUCAUUUUGUUUUUUUUUUUUGUUUUGUUUUGAGUUUUUUUUUUCUUUUUUCGUUUUGCCCGUGGGGUUCUUAAAACGUGAGUCAUCGAGAAACUUCUGGAAAAAACGGGGGUGAAGGAGUGGGACAGAUACGGCUCUGUACUGAAAUCUUCACCCCUUCGCUCACAUCAAAUAAUAAAAUCGUGAGAAAGGA